AAGCAAAAGCACCUAACAAGUUAGUUUGAUUUUAUGUUACAUAUCUUUGUUGGCACUUCUAAACUGUUUCUUAUUAUAUUCAUCAUUCUUCAACUCCAAGCUUCUGACCAAACUUUUAUACAUUAAAUAGCACAAAACUUUGGUAACAAUAUACCACCAUAUAACUUUUUUUCUCAUCCUAAACAUAAUAAUGUCCAAUUCAUAUCCUUAUGUUGAUCUUCCUAUUAUAGACAUUUCUGAACCAUUAAAACCAUCUUCUUUAACAACUCUUUCUAAAGCAUGCAAAGAUUGGGGAUUUUUCCAUAUAAUUAAUCAUGAUAUCUCUAAAGAUCUUUGUUGCCAGCUUCAUUUAUUAUCUAAAUACAUAUUUAAUCUUCCUUCUGAUACUAAACUUAAACUUGGUCCUUUCUCUUCUAUAAAAUCUUAUACACCUCAUUUCAUUGCUUCUCCAUUCUUUGAAAGCCUAAGAGUUGAUGGACCUAACUUUUAUGCAUCUGCUAAGAAUUCUGAAGAUGUUUUCUUUGAAAAACAGAAUUCAAAAUUCAGUGAGACACUAGAGAACUAUUGUAGCAAGAUGGCAGAUUUAUCAGAAAGAAUUUUAAAGCUUGUGUUAAUGAGCUUAGGAGAAGGAUUUGAGAAGCUAUUUUAUGAUUCAGAAUUCAAAAAAUGUCAAGGUUACUUAAGAAUAAACAACUAUACAUCACCAGAAAUUUUGGAUUUGGAAGAUCAAGUUGAAGGACUUGGAAUGCACACUGACAUGAGCUGCAUUACUAUCUUAUACCAAGAUGAAAUUGGAGGACUUCAAGUGAAAACACAUGAAGGAAAAUGGAUUGAUAUAAGUCCUUCUGAAGGGUCAUUAGUGGUAAAUAUUGGUGAUAUGAUGCAAGCUUGGAGUAAUGAUAAGUUAAGGUCUUCUGAACAUAGAGUUGUUUUGAAACAACCUGUUGAUAGAUUUUCUUUGGCUUUCUUUUGGUGUUUUGAGGAUGAGAAAGUGAUUUUGGCACCAAAUGAAGUUGUUGGAGAUGGAAAUAAGAGGAUGUAUGAUCCUUUUGUGUGUUCAGAUUAUUUGAAGUUUAGAGAGAAUAAUCAAAGAGGAAGAUUUGAAAAGGUUGGUUAUACUGUUAGAGAUUUUGCUGGGAUUAAGUCUCAAAUGUAAAUUCAUCAUAUCAUAUUACUAUACUUUCUUUGAUUUAUAUUAUAUUUAUAGUGAUCUAAGUUGUGAAAAUGGUACAUGUAAAAUAAAUAUACAGAAAGACUUUGUUGAUAUUCAAAUGUGAAUAGUUAAAUCAUGAUUUAAAUUA